AUGAGUGUUGAUGAAAAUGUAUUAUUACUCCAAUCCAAAGUUAAUUUGGUGCAAUUUGAAAAACCAAUAUUGAUAGCAAAUAUUAACCAAACUAAACAGAAUAAAAGUUCUGUUAAGAACAAUGUUCGUCCAGUGGAAUCUGGUGAUGAUGUGGACGAAUGCGAACGACAAAGUUGUGAUGACGUUUUGAACAGGAUAUUACCGCCUAAAGAAUGGGAAAAGGACGGUAAAACAUUUCGUCAAUGUUUAUCCCAUAAACCAGCUACCGGAAUACAUGUGAAAAAACUUAGUGAGAAGUUCGAUAUAUAUUUAAGAGAAUAUAAUGCCAAAGAAGUUGGCAUUUGCCCGAUCAAGCAGGAAUUGUACGGUCAAUGUUUCAAUGAACUCAUUAGACAAGUAACAUUAAACUGUACGGAACGGGGUUACAUGUUGAUCCAAAUUCGCGACGAAAUCCAAAUGACCAUUGAUGCCUACAAAGAACUAUACGAAAGCGUAUUAGCUAACGGAAUCCGAAAGUUAUUAUGGCGGGAACACAAAAAAUCUGAUUUAUCAACAAAAGUAGAACAGCUGAUUUCUGAAAACGAAAAUUUAGAGAUCGAGCUGGCCGAAAUUAAUUUGAUGACAGAAAAGCUUGAACAAGAUGCGGCCGAACAGCGCAACGCGGCGAUCAAACACCAAACCGAAGAAAUAGCAUCUCUGAAAAAAUCCAAUCAACUGAUCAAAGUUCAAUUGGAGUCAAUCAUUUCACCGAAAAGAGUAUAA